UUCUCGAAAUACACAAAACAAAUCUCCUUUUUUAAUACUCAGUGGUUUGUAGGGUUUCAGAUGUUUUCUUUCUAAAACUUGUUUUCCUUAAAACCUUUUUGCCGCCGAUUCCUUACGAAUCUCUGUUUUUUUCUUCUGAUUUUUGCGGGUUUUGUUGUAUUCACGUUGAGGUUCAGUAAGAUCUGUUUGUUUUAAACUUUCUUCAGUUUUUUUUUUUGAAUUUUUCGACCGUUGAGUUCGCCGGAGAUGUCGGAGGUAGAAGAAAAGGAGGAAGUGGUGGUAGUGAAAGGUGGGGAGUUGUUGUUUUGUGGAUGUACUAGUUGGGAUUCCGUUGGUCGCCGGAAAGGUUUGCAGGAAGGGAAUUUGGUGUCGCCGACGAGGCUUCGUCCGCUUGUUGGUGUCGACAUUUGUUUUGUUGCAGCUGGUUGCGUUUCUUGUCACUGUGUAGCACUAGAUACUGAAGGCCGUUGUUAUACAUGGGGAAGGAAUGAGAAAGGGCAGCUUGGUCAUGGAGAUAAAAUAACACGUGAUAGACCAACUGUUGUUUCAGAACUAUCUAAGUAUAAAAUCAUUAGAGCUGCAGCUGGAAGGAGCCACACAGUGGUAGUUACGGAUGACGGACAGUCCUUUGCUUUUGGUUGGAAUAAACACGGACAGCUCGGUAUAGGCUCUGUAAAAAAUGAAACCGAAUUAUCUCCAAUCCGGUGUGCUGUUACUGAAGUCAACGCUACUGCAUGUGGGGCUGACUUUACUGUGUGGCUAACCUCAGUUGAAGGAGCUUCUAUAUUAACUGCUGGUCUGCCUCAGUAUGGUCAGCUCGGUCAUGGGACUGACAAUGAGUAUAAUACCAAAGAUAGCUCUGUACGGCUAGCUUAUGAAGCUCAACCCCGACCUAGACCGAUAGCUGCCUUUUCUGGAGAGACUAUAGUCAAAGUAGCUUGUGGAACAAAUCACACAGUUGCAGUGGAUAAGAAUGGAUAUGUUUACACGUGGGGAUUUGGCGGAUAUGGGAGGCUUGGUCAUAGAGAACAGAAAGAUGAGUUUACUCCUCGACGAGUUGAUGUUUUUACGCGGCAGAAUGUCUUGCCUCCAGAUGCAGUAGUUUCAGCAGGUUCUGUCAACUCAGCGUGUACUGCCGGAGGAGGGCAGCUUUACAUGUGGGGCAAAAUAAAGACCACCGGAGAUGAUUCGAUGUAUCCUAAACCUCUUCUGGAUUUGAGUGGGUGGAACCUACGAUGUAUGGAUUCUGGCAAUAUGCAUCACUUUGUUGGUGCUGAUUCCUCUUGCAUAAGUUGGGGCCAUGCGCAGUCUGGGGAGCUGGGUUAUGGACCAAAUGGACAAAAAUCUUCUGCAGUUCCUAAGAAGGUAGACAUUUUAGAUGGCAUGCAUGUUAUCAGUGUUGCUUGUGGGUUUGCCCACUCCAUGGUUGUUGUUGAUAGGACAAAUGUUGAGGAUCAACUUGAGCAGCUUGAUGUAUAUGAUGGCAAGGCUUCUGAGGAAGCAGGGGCAGAACCAGUGAGUGAAUCUCCAGUUUCUCAAAAAGCUCCCAGAAAGGCAUCUGCUAAGGCGCCUGCAAAGUUAAAUAAAAGGAAGAAGUCAAAAGAGUCAUCUGAAUCUGAAGAUGAGGAGGAAAAUAGUGAUGAUGAGAGUGAUGACUAUGAGGAACAAUCUAAUGGGCGGGCUAAGUCUUCUGGCAGGGGUCGAGGAAAGGCUGCUGGCAAAGCUACAGCAGCUAAAAAGGGCGCUGGUCGUGGGAGGGGUCGGCCUCCAUCAGCAAAUAAAAGCUCCCAGCCUGAAGCGAAAGUAUCAACGGGUAAAAGGGGAAGGCCGAAGAAAUCGUAAGAGUAAAGCUUUCCUGGUCAAACUCUAAGGCUUCUCAAUAUGAUGAUGGAAUGUAUCUUUAUUCUCCAUUGGCUAAUUAGUUGCACUUUAACAAGUAAUUCAUUUUCGUCAUUAAUACCAUUCAACAUUCUGAAAUUGUAACUCGUAUUGACGUAGAGCAUUGACCGAAAGACAGGCAUUUGUCCGAGUUUGUACCUGGUCAAGCUCGUUUUUGGUGAGGGGAGGAAACAAGGAAAAUCAAAGAGAAAACCUAUUCUGCCUGAGUGUCUGAUGUGUACUAUGUCUAUUUUUGUUGCUAAUUUACAGGUUGAGCAAUUUUGUGUUGCAACUGAAACAAUAUGUUCUGAAAAUCUAUGAUAAUUAGUAAUAUUGCUGUGUAAA